UGCAGAGGCACUGCCAUUGAAGAGAAGAGAAGAGAAGAGAAGGAGAAGAAAACGAAGAGAAGAGGGUUAGAUCUCCUCCAACUCCAACUUCAAGCCAGACGCCAUUAAAGCAACAUCUUAUACAGUAUUAUUAUUAGCUCUAUUGCUAUAUAAUUACUCGAUUGGAUUGGUUAACUGAUGAUACAUGCGAUUUUCCUCUCUUCUUUACUCGAUUGGAUUUGCAACAACAGUAGGUAGGGAAGUUGAAGUUGAAGUUGAAGUAUCUACCAUUUGUUUUCCUCAGGAUCACAAGUGAUUACGAAUUCUUCCACGAGACAUCUGUGGAUGUGGCAGUUAAUUUAGCUCAGUUCGAAUACAUUAUUUGGAAGUUAGUGAUGAACUAACCUAGGGGACGGAUAGUGAAGCAAACUUUUCCCUUAUGUAAAUGAUCUUGUCAUAAUAUAAUGGAUAAGGAGACUUCUCUAACUAUACACAAAGGUGAAGUCUGCGGUGAAGAUUCUUCUACUACUGAUAGUGAUAAUUCAAGGUCUAGUUCUGCCUCAAGGCUGAGUGUAGGGAAGGAAGCGGGCCUGCCAGUUUGUCGUGUAUGCCAUUGCUCUGAAUCUGACAAAAGGGGAGAUAUUGCACUUCAGUUUCUAAGUAUUGUUCCACCAUCUUGUGAUAGAAAUACAGGCUCCAAAGAUGUCCAAUUAGACAAUUCUUGCAAGAAAAAAGUUAAGCCAGAAUCUGGAGUUGUUGAAUUCAUUGGGCCUCAAGGGGAGAUUUUCAUUUGCAAGAAUGACAUAGAAAUGGGAUUUGAUAAUAAACAAGGUGACAGCUUAAUCGAACUCGGUUGCUCUUGUAAAAGUGAUCUUGCUUUGGUACAUUAUGCAUGUGCACUGAAAUGGUUCGUCGGCUAUGGAUCCACUAUCUGCGAAAUAUGUGCAUGUGUGGCAUCGAACAUCAAAAUUACAGAUUUCAAGAAGGUUAUAGUAUGCUUGAAGGACUAUGAAGUUUUACGUGAAAGGACAGCCAAUGGGCAACCCAAUCCUCCUAUUCAGGAAAAUUACAAUUCAGGUGUAGAUCCUGAUGCAGUUGCUGCAAUUCGAAGGCAAAGGCUUAGUGAAAUCUCAUCAUGGUUUAAUCCACUUGGCAGUAAUCCAAUUGCAGCAACUCCAUUGUCGGUGUCAGAACAACCUUCUAUAACUGUAACAGAAGAAGCUGGUCCUGUUGAAAAUCAUGCACCCGAAUUUGCUGCUGAGGUCACUGGAAUUCUUCUUGCUAUUGGCCUUCUUACUGUAACUCUUGUUUGGCUUUAUGCUCCUCGUUUUGGAAAGAAAACAGCCAGGCGUGGGCUACAUUUUCUUAUUGGUGGUUUGUGCGCUUUGGCAGUUGUGAUCUCCUUCCGCUUUUUUGUGUUAACUAGGAUCAAAUUCGGUCAAGCGCGCUACUGGAUAAUCAUAUUUGUAUUCUGGUUUCUAUUGUUUGGCAUAUGGGCUUCAAGAACACAUGGUGCUCAUCCUGCAUAAUCUUUAAGGUGUGAUUUGUUGUCUUAAGGAAAAAUAUGUAUUUUCUUUUUAGUUGUGUUCGGCAGUCGUUUCUCACGCACGCCCAAAUCUGUUCUCUAGAGAUGUGACCCAUGUUCAUUUUGCUUAUGUGAAAUAUAAGUUUAGUGGUUUUCAUAGGGGCAAUCUUAAUAAGAAUGGAACCUAAUAUAUUUGUUCUCUUAGUCUAGACACUUUCCACUUUAACUAUCAAAUGGGUUAUGUUUAAUUUUCAUUAGAAUCAUAUAACUAUAAUUAGAACAGCAAUUUGCAGAUAAUUGUGUGUAUAAACAGAAACAAGGAGAUAGAAAAAUCCAAAAAAGUUAGAUCAUGGAUGAAUCAAAUCAGUCAGGCAAUAUAUAGAACAAAUCAUCAGUCAUUAGAAGAAUGUACUGCAAAAUCCUAAAUGGAGCAUUCAUAAAAUCCAUUGAAGGAAGCUUCAACUCUCUAACUCUAUUCCUCUCUUCCUUAUCACCAUCACCACUUGUUGACUGCAUAACUCGAACCCGAUUCAUAUCCAUUUUUCUGAACAUAUAGAUUACAGAUUUCUUGCCUGAAUCAUUAUUAUUAUUAUUACUAUUUAUCAUGCUCUUGUACAUGCUCCAACCUGAUCCCGCCAGGGCUAGACAAAACCCUUCCAUGGUCACAACUCGAUUGCCCGUUCCACGAAAAAUCAAAGAAACCGACCGACAGUCCCAGUUACUGAUCCGCAAGCCGAUUCUCUCAGAUGGGUUGGAUUUGGCAUUAAGAGUGUAUUUCGAGAAACCCAACUUGAAAAAUCCCUUGGAGAGGCCAACGAAGCAGCGAAGGUUAGAAAUAGAGGAAAAGGAAAGAGAUGGAAACGGAAGGGGAAUUGCAUCGUUUGGAAGCGACCAAAACCAAGAGGAAUAUGAAGACGAGCAGAUUGAUGGGUCAUUUGAAGAAGAAGUUGAAGACGGCCAUGAGAAGAUUAGGUGUGAAAGAGAUGGAUUUGGGUACAAAUCCAUUCCAAUAUCUCUCGCCAACGAAGCUAAUCUGUAAGUAUCUGUUACUAAUUCAUUUGUUGGCAUAAAGAGUAACAAUGGUGUUUUACCAGAUUUGGGUUCUCCAUUCUUGUUCCUGAUUCGUGUUGUUCUUCCAUGGAAAUUGUUUCUGUCGUCGUCCUCAUCAUCAUCAUCUGAAAAUAUGAUGUCAUGUUCUUGGGAAUUCUUGAUUUUGAGAUUUUCCCCCAAAACCAGAGAACGCACCAGCUUCAGUGGGAGCAUCAUCAUCGAUCUCAUCGAUUCUCUUUCCUUCUAUUGCUUCCUUUUUUAUCCCUUUCUGAAUUCCGAUCAGCUGU